AUGACCGAGGGGCGUUUUGAAACUAUUCAUAAUCUCAGACCCAAAAAUUGGGACGGCCGCCGUCACUGGACGAAUUGGCAUCACCUUUAUGACUGUGAGAAGGAUCACUUAGCGCGGGAGAGCUGUCCGUUCCACGAUCUUCGUUCUGGUGGCCAGUUUCAGUAUGAAAAUUGGGGAGGGGGUGAAUUCAAACCGUUAAUACCGCCUAAUCACCUAAACAAUCGGCCAUGUGGCGACCGAAUGGACUUCUCGAAGGGACACGGGACACAAAUCGGUGGACUUGGGGAUAUCCCACUUGAUGUUGAAGGAGGCAAACCGACGCAACACAACAAGCAUCCAGGAAAAACUGUAAUGUUUACGAGGAAGGACCCUCUUAAACGUGGCUUGUUUAGUAGUUACCCUUACAUACCGGAAGCAUCCACGGGGGCAGCGUCUGCUGGUGGACCAGCCGGUCCAAACAUCAAGACGGGAAAGGUUAACGUCUUUGGUCAGGCACCGGAGUGGAUAGCAGAUCCAUAUGACGGGAAGACUGACCGUGGUCGCAUUUUCCACUUCAAGGCAGGGCCGCUAAAUUACAGACCUGACGACAGAUUGGCGUGGAUGCCUGAAGGGGAGCCGGAGAGGCGGAAAAAGCGAAUCCACGGCGUUUUCCGUGCUGGAAAACCUUGUGGUAUUAUCAACGAUGUAGAGUGGGUACCGGACCCACUGCAAGAGGCGAAAGUGAAGAAGCAAGUGCGACCCUUCCGGACGUGGCACACACGAACGAAAUGGUCUAUGCCAACACAUGCACCGUGGUCAACAGGCAAAAUAACAGCUGAACCGUUUCGUGGUCCUAACUUGAAUAUCACACAGUCUGGUUUGCCAUGUUUGGAUACUUUCAAAAGAGUUAACAUGACACAAACCAUCGGCAAAGAGGCGGCGCUCGCGCCCGUGGAGUUGCCGGGGCCCGCAAGGCUCAAAUAA